UGCGAGUCCCCGUAAGUCAACCAGACGGGUCUAAUAGCGGGAAAGAGAGAAGAGAGAGAGAGAGAGAGAGAUAGAGAGAUGGGUGCCUUGUUUGGCGCAAACGUGUAAAUGAUGCAUAGAAGAAGGAUCCUCUCCCACCAAAAAAAAGUGCUAUUAUUAUGAUAAUUAAUUUGGUGGUGAGUGGGCGCUAAUAGUAAUAGUAAUUUCCGUCCGUGGCUCCCUCCCCGCAAUUGGAUUUCAUUUUUGAUUGGGAGCGGAAGCAACAUGUAGAGAAGUUGUGGCGAGGGCAGGGCGAAUCCAAAGGCACGUGCGAGACGAGAAGUUGUGUUUAGGGUUGCGAAAGUCUCGGGCAGCAUGGAAAGCAUUGCCGCGCAGCUGAAGCGCGGCAUCUCGCGCCAGUUCUCGUCGGGGUCGCUGCGGAAGAAUCUGAGCCGCCAGUUCACGCGCCAGGCCUCGCUGGAUCCGCGCCGGAACAACCAGCGCUUCAGCUUCGGCCGCCAGUCCUCGCUCGAUCCGAUACGCCGGAGCCCGGGGCCGGACCACGCCGAGCUAUCGGUGCCCGAGAAUCUCGACUCCACCAUGCAGCUGCUCUUCAUGGCCUGCCGCGGCGACGUCAGGGGAGUCGAGGACCUGCUCAACGAAGGCAUCGACGUCAACAGCAUCGACCUCGACGGCCGCACCGCCCUCCACGUCGCCGCCUGCGAGGGACACGUCGAAGUCGCCAAGCUCUUGCUCACACGCAAGGCCAACAUCGACGCUCGCGAUCGCUGGGGCAGCACUGCGGCGGCGGAUGCCAAAUAUUAUGGGAAUACAGAAAUUUAUUACAUGUUGAAGGCUCGAGGAGCGAAAGUGCCGAAAACCAGGAAGACUCCAAUGACUGUUGCGAAUCCUCGUGAAGUUCCGGAAUAUGAACUCAACCCGUUAGAGCUACAGGUUCGGAAGAGUGAUGGUAUUUCAAAGGGAAUAUACCAAGUAGCUAAAUGGAAUGGCACAAAGGUUGCAGUGAAGAUACUUGACAAGGACAGUUAUUCAGAUCCUGAUUCCAUAAAUGCUUUCAAGCACGAGCUCACAUUAUUAGAAAGGGUGCGACAUCCGAACGUGGUCCAGUUUGUUGGAGCUGUCACCCAAAAUAUACCUAUGAUGAUUGUUCGUGAGUACCAUGCUAAGGGUGACCUGGCAAGUUAUCUUCAAAAGAAAGGGCGUUUGUCCCCAUCAAAAGUUCUACGGUUUGCUCUUGAUAUUGCUAGGGGCAUGAACUAUCUUCAUGAAUGCAAACCAGAUCCAGUUUUUCACUGUGAUUUAAAGCCAAAAAAUAUUUUGCUGGAUAAUGGAGGGCAAUUGAAGAUAGCUGGAUUUGGCACGGUGAGACUUACACUAAUCUCACCUGAUGAAGCAACACUGGUACAGCCUGAGCCUAACAUUGAUCUUUCAAGCGUGUACGUGGCACCGGAGAUUUACAAAGAUGAAGUAUUUGAUAGAAGUGUGGAUGCAUAUUCUUUUGGUCUCAUUAUAUACGAGAUGAUAGAGGGUGUACAGCCCCUCCAUCCCAGGUCCCCUGAGGAGGCAGUGAAGCUGAUGUGUUUAGAAGGGUUAAGACCACCAUUCAAGAUCAAAACAAAACAUUACCCUCCGGAUUUGAAAGAGUUGAUUGAGGAAUGUUGGGAUCCACAACCCGUUGUCAGGCCAACAUUUUCUCAGGUCAUUGUACGGUUGGACAAAAUUGUUGCGAAUUGCUCGAAACAAGGAUGGUGGAAAGAUACUUUUAAACUUCCAUGGAAAUAAAUUGCAAGGUACAUCUCACAUGGCAAGGAAGACAUCAAAUUCAGGGUUGCAUCAUCAAAACCAAUUUGUGAGCACAUGUCGGUGUACUGUUAAUAGUUUUGGAAUUCGAAUAAUAUUAUCUUGAGCUUGAAUUUGAGCGUGAAAAGGAAGUUACACGGUUCCACCUAUGUUAUCUGUCCACUGGAGGGUCUGGAACAGCUCUCUGUAAAAUGUAACCAUAAACGACAUAUAACAUUUAUUCUCAGAAAAUUUUCUAAUAAAAAUGUGUUUCUGUACUUAAGAAUA